UAAAUGCCAUCUGGGUGGCUCCUCUGGGUUUUUGAGUCCAUCACCCAGUUCAGAUCAGUCAGAGGCCAAGGAGGAGAACAUGAUGAUGGACCUUUUUGAAACUGGCUCCUAUUUCUUCUACUUAGAUGGAGAAAAUGUGACUCUUCAGCCAUUAGAAGUGGCAGAGGGCUCUCCUUUGUAUCCAGGGAGUGAUGGUACCCUAUCCCCUUGCCAGGACCAAAUGCCCCAGGAAGCCGGGAGCGACAGCAGUGGAGAGGAACACGUUCUGGCGCCCCCAGGCCUGCAGCCACCCCACUGCCCGGGCCAGUGUCUGAUCUGGGCUUGCAAGACUUGCAAGAGAAAAUCUGCCCCUACCGAUCGUAGGAAAGCAGCUACCCUGCGCGAAAGGAGGAGGCUAAAGAAAAUCAACGAAGCCUUUGAGGCCCUGAAGCGUCGGACUGUGGCCAACCCCAACCAGAGGCUGCCCAAGGUGGAGAUACUGAGGAGCGCCAUCAGCUACAUUGAGCGUCUGCAGGACCUGCUUCACCGGCUGGAUCAGCAAGAGAAAAUGCAGGAGCUGGGGGUGGACCCCUACAGCUACAAACCCAAGCAAGAAAUUCUUGAGGGUGCGGAUUUCCUGCGCACCUGCAGCCCCCAGUGGCCAAGUGUUUCGGAUCAUUCCAGGGGCCUCGAGAUAACUGCAAAGGAAGGAGGAGCAAGCGUGGGUGCGUCAGCCUCCAGCAGUCUCCAGCGCCUUUCUUCCAUCGUGGACAGUAUUUCCUCGGAGGAACGCAAACUUCCCAGCGUGGAGGAGGUGGUGGAGAAGUAACUCAGCCAGCAUUUGGAACAUUCUUCACUCAGCAGGAAAACCCCUUUCAGCCUAAUCAUUUAGAUUAGGUCUCACAGACCCCAGAGUUUAUGAAAGGCAAGAGACUUAGUAUUAAAAAAGAAACUUCAAGUAAAAGUCCUUCGCCUUGGGGCUUUUAUUAUGAUAAAUAGUAUUAUUUUAUUAUGAUAAACUGCUAGUGGCUUAGCUCUAGAACCUUAAAUUUGUUUUUAGUUUGGCUGGUUUUUAUAACAGAUUAAUUUUUACUACGAUCACGUGACCCUUUCCCGUCAGUUGCAAACGAAGUUCAUUCCUGUCUAAAUCAAAGUGGGAACGUUUAAUCCUAAUAGUAUUUAAGGUACUUUUGUAAAUAGUCUUAGUACUUUUGUUUUUAUGUACAACUAAAGGAUAUAUUUUAAAUGUGGAAUUAAGCGUUGUAUAUAAAAUGUGUGAAGAUCCUGAUAUUGUAAUAUUAAAAUAUUAAUAUGUUUC